AUGAGCAUGAAGCUGACGCAGUGGAUGUGCGUCGGGCUGCUGGUCGCUUGGUGCGUGUACAUCUUGAGCUACUUUAUCACAAGCACGAGCGUCGACAUCCAGCGCGCGGCCGAUCUCAAGCUGCGCUCCAAGGCGCUAGCGUCACGCCUCAAGCAGUUCAACCAGCCGCCAUUGGCGCCGCUCGGAUUCAUCGUCGUUGGUGACUUCGGGACGGGCUCUGCAACACAGGCGCUCGUUGCAGCCUCAAUGUCCGACUUUGUCAACCACACGCAGCCCCACGCUGCUUUCGUGCUCUCUACCGGUGACCAGAUCUACGAUCACGGAAUGCUCUCAGCAGACGAUCCAAUCAUCUACAGCAAGUUUGAAAACGUCUACAAGCACCCGUCGCUCAAGAUUCCUUGGUACAUCAGUAUCGGCAACCACGACUGCGAGGGUAGCAUCGAUGCGAUGCUAAACUACGCGAAGCGCACGAACAACGUCUGGAAGUUUCCGCAGCGGUACUAUACGUUUGACCAACGCGUGGACGAGUCAACGCUGCUCCGUGUGGUCGUACUCGACGCAUGCGACCUCGUGUGCGGCCAGACGCCGAAUGACCGGGAUUUUCGUUGCACAGCGACGAUGAACGACCAGACGUCGCCCGAGACGCGGACGGCUCAGUACGAAUGGCUCGAGCGCACCCUGAGCCAAAGCGCACCCAAGCAAAUCACACGGCUGUGGACAAUCGUCGUCGGGCACUGGGCCGUACACAGCUACGCCGGAAACGGUGACACGCCCGAGCUUAUCUCGCACCUCAAACCACUUUUGCAAAAACACAAGGUGCACGCGUACUUCAACGGGCACGACCACGCUCUCCAGCACAUCAAGCGUGAUCAGUUGAGCUUCUUUACGUCUGGUGCCGGCGGCUACAACCUUCACGAGCUCCGACCGCAAGCCCGGGCGAACCCGGACUUGGUGCACGUCGAUAUGGUUCACGGCUUCAUGUACGUUCAAGUGAGCCGCGACGUCUUCCGCGUCCAGUUUGUCGAUGGAAAGACCACGGACAUUCUGUACACAACCGAUAUUGCUUAUGAGAUUUAA